GAUGGUCAAUUAGUAGAGGGCUCUAUAAAUUUGUUGCAACUGCCGGAGAUCUUCUAAAGCCACGAAAUGGAGCACUGGAUCGGUGGAAUUGUUGGCUUGCUUUGCAUCCUUCAAUUCAUACAAGGAAGUCGGAGCACCACCUACGAGGUAAUCGGCGAUGAGAAGACCAUGGACAUCGUUUGCGAAGCUUCAGAAGACAAGGGUAAUACACCAAUUCGGGAAAUUUUGGACAUAGGCGGAUUGUCCUUCGAAGUAGCCGACGAUCUGGAGACUUUGUUCUACAGGGGCGACAUCAAGAUGCUGAUGGAUUUGCCAAGUGGUCCGAUUGGCAUGCAGGUCGAUGUAUUCCGCUGGGAACGGAGCCAAUGGCUUCCAACUCCUCUUAGCCUGAAAAGGGAGAGCUUAUGCAAGGCCUUGAUCAAUCCUUGGGAACUGUGGUAUCCCAUUUUUAAAAAUAUCCCUGAGAUCGAGAUGAUUUGUCCUCCGGGAAAGGGGCACAUUUACACCCUGAACAAUGUGAGCAACCAUGAGUUCAUAAAGAACAUGCCCCAUGUGGACAUUGCUGGGGACCUCAAGGCAGUGGUCCACCUGAGCGCCGGGGAUCUAAAGACCUGUGUCGUGCUCUUCUUCAAGGUCUUCAAGGUCUCCACCAAUUGAAGGGGGUGGUGGUGGACCCUGACACUGGACUAGUGGGUCCCGAGGAGAUCCCGCUGUUUGCCUAGUUUAUAGUACGCGGCUGCUCUGCUUUUUUUAUGGCCUGAUUCGGUGGUGUUUGCUCGGUUUCAAUGGCGCGUCCCACCGUUUAUGGCUCUAACUAAAUGAUUUGCAAAUAAAGAGAAAUACUUCAUAUUCAUGCACUCGAAACA